UAUUUCACAAAAUGUAUAAUGAAUUCAGUCUGUUUGAGUUCUUCAUAUAUUAAAGACGCUCAGUUUUCUAUUGACCAAAAGUUUUAAAUUAUCAAAAUGGCAAAGUGGGCAGAUAACGAAGAGAUUCAAAUAUUUCGUGAAUAUUUGCAAAUACCUAGCGUUCAUCCAGAUAUCGACUACACUCCGUGUGUGGAAUUUCUCAGGAGACAAGCGGAGAGUCUCGAAUUGCCCAUUUCUGUUUACUACCCGGCCGAUGAAAACAAUCCAGUGAUUGUUAUUUCAUGGGAGGGCUCCCAGCCGGAACUACCAUCAAUCAUGUUAAACUCACACAUGGAUGUUGUACCGGUGUUUGAAGACCGUUGGACGCAUGCACCUUUCGGAGCCGAAAUUGAUAAUGAUGGCAAAAUCUUUGGUCGUGGAGCUCAAGACAUGAAAUGUUUGGGAACUCAGUAUCUAGCAGCUAUACGAGCGCUGAAAAGAGAUGGUACCAAUCAACUGAAACGGACGAUUCAUGUUACAUUCGUGCCAGACGAAGAGGUUGGUGGUGAGCUUGGAAUGAAAUCGUUUGUGACAACGCAAGCCUUCAAAGAAUUGAAUGUUGGACUUUCGUUAGAUGAGGCUUGUGCGUCUGACGAGGACAAUUUUUUCCUUUUCAAUGGUGAAAGGACAGUGUAUGACAUUGAAUUAACGUGUAAUGGACAGUCAGGUCAUGGAUCUUCUUGGUUUAAAAACACUCCCGGAGAAAAGCUUCGUCACAUUCUAGACAAAUUUAUGGACUACCGGACUAAGGAAAUCGUCAAAAUCAGCGAAAACGUGCCUAUUGGUGAAACUACAAGUAUAAACUUGACUAUGAUCAAUGGAGGCGUACAAAUCAACGUUGUGCCUGCUGAAAUUAAAUUAUCCUUUGAUAUUCGUUUGGCCGUCGGGCAAGAUCAGGAUGCUUUUGAAGCCAUGAUCAGACAAUGGUGUGAAGAGGCUGGAGGCGAUAUCGACCUUAAAUACAUUUCUAAAGAUCCGACAGCGCCAGUUUCCAUCGCUGACGACCGGAACCCAUUUUGGGUGGCAUUUAAAAGCGCAACAGACGAACUAAAACUCACAUUACGAGUGAUGGCAUGCCCAGGCUGCACAGACGCCCGCUUCAUUCGUCAAUUGAAUAUACCGGCGUUUGGAUUCUCACCGAUGCGAAAUACCCGGCGAACCUUACAUGAUCACGAUGAAUUUGUGUACGCCGAUGGUUAUUUGGAGGGCAUUAAUAUUUAUCGUAAGAUAAUCUCUAAUGUUGCAAAUGUUUGAUUUUCAAUGUUAAGUGCAUUGUUGUCACAAAUUGUUUCCGAAGCAAAUAAAAGAUUUUGUAU